CACCAUCCUCAGCUCUCUCUCUCUCUCUCUCUCUCUCUCUCUCUCUCUCUACUCUCUCUAGAAGUCGCUGUUCCUCCCGAUCGGUGAAGAGCGGAGCGAUCGGUUCGCGUUGAGAGGGGGAAGGAGAGAAAUCGUGCGGAGAUCGCUUCGAGAUGAAGAUUUUCGUCAAGACUUUGAAGGGCACCAACUUCGAAAUCGAAGUGGAGCCCGAAGAAUCGGUUGCUGAUGUAAAGAAAAAAAUUGAAACUGUUCAAGGAGUAAGUUUGUUCCCAGCCUCUCAACAGAUGCUAAUCCAUCAAGGGAAAGUUCUCAAGGAUGAAACUACCUUGGAUGAAAAUAAAGUUGCCGAGAAUAGUUUUAUCGUAAUCAUGUUAACAAAGAGUAAGAGCGCGUCUGGUGAGGGAUCAACUGCUUCUGCUGCACCUCCAACAAAGGCUCCUCAAACGAGUGCCCCACCUUCUGCUCCAGUGCCACCUUCAACAGUGCCUCAGGCUCCACUGGCUACUCCAACGCCUGCUGCUGUUGCAACUCCUGCUCCUGCACCUGCACCCUCUCCUGCUCCUGCACCUGCACCUGCAUCCUCUCCUGCUCCUGUUGGGUCGGAGUCUGAUGUCUAUGGCCAAGCAGCUUCUAAUUUAGUUGCAGGAAGCAAUUUAGAGGGAGCGGUCCAACAAAUAUUGGAUAUGGGUGGAGGGACAUGGGACAGGGACACUGUUGUUCGUGCUCUUCGUGCGGCUUACAACAAUCCAGAGAGAGCUGUUGAAUAUUUAUACUCGGGUAUCCCUGAGCAAGCUGAAGUUCCACCUCCUGCUCGAGUUCCUCCUGUUGCACAAGCUGCAAAUCCGCCUGCCCAACCGGCACAGCCUACCCAACCUGCACCGGUCCCUUCAACUGGACCUAAUGCCAAUCCCCUUGAUCUGUUUCCCCAGGGUCUUCCGAGCGUGGGCUCAGGUGCUGCUGGUGCCGGUACUCUAGACUUUCUUCGAAAUAGUCAGCAGUUCCAAGCUUUGAGAGCUAUGGUUCAGGCCAAUCCUCAGAUAUUGCAGCCAAUGCUUCAAGAACUUGGAAAACAAAAUCCGCACCUUAUGAGGCUUAUUCAAGAGCAUCAAGCUGACUUCCUCCGGCUGAUCAAUGAACCUUUGGAGGGUGGAGAAGGGAACAUCCUUGGCCAGUUGGCAUCAGCCAUGCCACAGGCAGUAACUGUCACGCCUGAGGAACGUGAAGCAAUAGAGAGGCUGGAAGCGAUGGGAUUUGAUCGAGCAAUUGUUCUAGAGGUGUAUUUUGCUUGCAACAAGAAUGAAGAGCUGGCUGCUAAUUACCUUUUGGAUCACAUACAUGAAUAUGAGGACUGAUUCGAGGAAAUAGGAUGGUUCAUUUGUUCUCUCUAAGCUUCACCUUCAAUGUCUACCAGUGUCCUCCCCCUUUCCAGUUGCAUCUUGUUAACCUUCGACCUUUAAUAUUUUGUGUUAUCGGAGUGUCUGAGUCCGGCGGGCAAUGUGGAUGAUGUAUUUUUUCCUUCUCACCCUGUGGUCUUUCAGGCUCUCCUGGUUACUGUGAAUUUCUGUUUUCUAUACAUAGUUGUCUUGGUUAUUUAUUCUAAUAGUGUACUUGCUUCACUUUUUA